AACUAAAGCCCAAGCCGAAUCACCAAACGAAGGCCGUGUGCCUGCGUGUGCAGGCCUCGCUCUGCGCAUCCCCUUCUGGCCAGGAGCUCGCCCACGCAGCCGCUGAGCCGCUCCUCCUCUCUCCGCAUUCCUCACCCAUCCACCUCUCCCCCCUCCCCGCCCCGAUCUCCCCCAAUCCGACCAGACCAACAGCCUCGACUCGGAGCGGAGCAGGCUAGGCGGAGGCGGAGAUGGCGCUGCGACGGGCGCUCCUCAGAUCGGCCGAGAUCUCCCCCGACCGCAAGGCUGCAAUUGAGUACUUGCAUUCUCUAUCAAGGUCACAACCUGCUUGUUCUCUCAAUGGUGUUGGACUUUAUCCUGCUAGCAGAUCAUUCAGCACCCAGGCUGCUACUACAUCAAGCACCCCACAGCCUCCACCGCCGCCUCCCCCUCCAGAGAAGACUCACUUUGGUGGCCUCAAAGAUGAGGACCGCAUUUUUACCAACCUCUAUGGUCUGCAUGACCCUUUUCUGAAAGGUGCGAUGAAGAGGGGUGACUGGCAUAGGACCAAGGAUUUGGUGCUUAAAGGAGCAGACUGGAUAGUGAAUGAAGUGAAGAAAUCAGGUCUCCGAGGGCGUGGAGGUGCAGGUUUCCCUUCCGGUCUGAAAUGGUCCUUUAUGCCCAAGGUCUCAGAUGGUCGCCCUUCUUAUCUUGUUGUUAAUGCUGAUGAGAGUGAACCUGGAACUUGCAAGGACAGAGAAAUCAUGCGUCAUGACCCCCACAAGCUUCUGGAAGGAUGCCUUAUUGCUGGAGUUGGAAUGAGAGCCUCAGCUGCUUACAUCUACAUUAGAGGUGAAUAUGUGAAUGAGCGUCACAACCUUGAGAAAGCUCGGCAGGAAGCAUACGCUGCCGGACUUCUUGGUAAGAAUGCUUGUGGAUCUGGUUAUGAUUUUGAUGUGCACAUACAUUUUGGUGCUGGUGCCUACAUCUGUGGUGAAGAGACUGCCCUUUUAGAGAGCCUUGAAGGGAAGCAGGGCAAGCCUAGGUUGAAGCCGCCUUUCCCAGCCAAUGCUGGGCUUUAUGGCUGCCCCACAACUGUGACAAAUGUUGAAACCGUGGCUGUAUCCCCAACAAUUCUUAGGCGUGGUCCAGAAUGGUUUGCAAGCUUUGGGCGCAAGAACAACUCAGGAACAAAACUCUACUGUAUCUCUGGGCAUGUGAACAAACCAUGCACUGUGGAGGAGGAAAUGAGCAUCCCUCUGAAGGAAUUGAUCGAGAGGCACUGCGGAGGUGUGAGAGGAGGAUGGGACAACCUGCUUGCAGUUAUUCCUGGUGGUUCAUCUGUUCCCCUGUUACCAAAGCACAUAUGUGAUGAUGUGAUGAUGGACUAUGAUGCACUGAAGGCUGUGCAGUCUGGAUUGGGUACUGCAGCAGUUAUAGUGAUGGACAAAUCCACAGAUGUAGUUGAUGCGAUUGCUAGGCUGUCAUACUUCUACAAACACGAGAGCUGCGGGCAGUGCACACCUUGCCGGGAGGGCACACCCUGGCUAUGGAUGAUCAUGGAGAGACUCAAGGUUGGUAACGCAAAGCUAGAGGAAAUCGAUAUGCUUCAGGAGGUCACAAAGCAAAUUGAAGGGCACACUAUCUGUGCCCUUGGCGAUGCUGCAGCAUGGCCUGUGCAGGGUCUUAUCAGGCACUUCAGGCCAGAGCUCGAAAGGAGGAUCCGUGAACGAGCUGAAAGGGAGCUGCUGGCUGCUUCUGCAUAAUACGGCACACAUGUCGCUCCUAUACUAGUUUUCUGUUUUCAUUCACUGAAAUAAUGCAAACCGAUGGAGCUCAUUUCUAUACUAGUUGCCUGUGCAGGGUCUUAUAAGGGAAUGCAGCUUUCCUGAUUUCUUCAAACCUUUUUGUUAAUGUUUAUUUGGUGCGCUCAAGCAACUGGUGAACUUUGACGGACUGGUUGAACUUCUUAAAGUAGAAACAAAAUUCAUCAUUGUACCAUGUAUGUUACAUGAGCAGGCAAAAUAUUAUUAUGGAUGUGUAUGUCUA